UGUCUCUGUGUUCUGUACCGGAGCUUUGGGUACGGUUGUUGUUGAAGCUGACUCAUUUAUCUGACAAUCCCACACAGUAACAAAACCUUAAGAGUAGUGGUAUUGAUCAGAGGGGUGAUUCGACGUAUGUGUACGGUUUGUCUUAUCGGCUGAGACGGUUAUUCCAAGGGUAAUAAAGAUUGCCCCUUCUGGAGGGCGCAGUUCUUUGUAGCUCCAUAAAAUUCGCACAACGCCAACGACACGUACUCCCCUGUUGUGCUUAAUGAAUAAGAUUACACGCUGGUGCAAUUAAAACCUGGAAUGGCACUCGAAUCUUGGUUGAUAGCAGUACGAAAGCUGUAAAGCAAAAUGUUUACUAGACGAACCUGUUUCAUUUGCUUAGGUAGUUUGCAGACGCUGACAAAUAUUAUUGGGCUUUCCGGUACGGUUGUGUUUGGUUUUGCUGGCUUUUGUUGCAGAGUCAUUUAAUAAGAGUAACAAAUAGAGCUAUUGCCGUUGCAUUUAACUUUUGAUCGAAGAAUGUGGCCUCCUAUCUACAGCCAUGGAUUUGAUUGGUGUUCUACGGGAAUUCUAGGUAACAACAUACAGGGAAGCAUUUGAUCACAGGUACAUUAAAUUGCCGACAAACCAUGGUUAUCAGCAAUCUGCUGCUAUGAAAUCUGAGAAACGUUGUAGGUUCAAAAGACAAUUUCCAUCUCCUACAUGUGGAACCAAAACUCAUUGGAAAUUUAGAGCAAAUCAUUAAUUGUUGAUGUAAAAACCACGAAAUUAAUUAUGUUUGCAAGAUUAAGAUUAAGGUUAGAUUAAGAUUUCCUGAAAUAAAGUAUCAGAGCAAACUCAAGAUGUUUUAUGAAGACAGAAUAACCGACUAUAGCAGUACAACAGUACAACAAAAUGGAUAUUGUUAUUGAGGUUUCUCGCAAUGGUUAAAAAAUUCUUCAUCCUUCUUCUAUUGUAACGACAAGCUUUCGAGAGUUAUGAAGUAUAACGUAGUGAAAUAAUCAAUCCAUUAAUGAAAUACUAUAAAUUAAUACCUAAACAAUCGCCCAAUUUUCUACUGCUUACUACAGUGGAUUGAUGUGUACAGUUGAUUGAUGUGUUCUAAUUUUUGCGACGAAAAAGAAGGUAUGAGUCCUAAACCGGCACCCUGCACGAAUAACAAAUAACUGCAAAACAAACAUGCCUAUCGAUCCUCUUGCAAUACCUCCCCCCGGAUGUUUAUAGGUUCUUUUAUUGCCAUUUAUCACGAUGAUCCACCAAAACAACACUUAUCAUUCCAGUGUACAUUGCACAUUGUUUCCUGCAAACUCGUCCCAAAACAGAACCAAUGUUUAGAGCACAAACUAAGCACGUAUCGCGACCAACAUAGAACACCACCCACCCUGUUGUACAACAUAUGUUCCGAUGGCUAUCGAAAACUAGUGUCCAGCACGCAACACGCACGCAACUCCCUACCGACUGGAUGCUAGUAGUUGCCAGUGCAGCCGUCCUUCGCGGCAGAUGAUUCUGUUCCGUGCAAACAACAUGUGCUACUACCACCUCAUCAUACUGUGGCUUACCGUGCUGAUCUACACUGCAAACAGCAUUUGGGUGGUGGAGAUCAACAAGUUGCAUAAAUCGUGUGAAAACCCUAGCAAACGUGCGCCCUUUCCGCUCGAUAUGUCCAAGGUGCAGAUCUACCUGUCCGAGGAGGACAAGCUGGUGUUGAACGGUGAGGUGACGUUCACGCAGGACAUCUUUCCACCGUGGGGGGUAGGUAGAAGGUUCUGCUUCUUCCAGCACAGAAUAGAGCGCUAUCGCAACUCAUUUCACGUCAAAACAGAUUUCGAUCUACACCCACAAAUUGGACCACGGCGAAUGGACCCCGACGGCGUACACCAAGAGCGCCUUCAAUCUGUGUUUGGAGAUGCACGCGAGUCACGAAAUUUGGUACAUCAUUACGAAGCAAUUGAACAAAACCAACUGUCCUUAUCGGAAGGGUGUAAGAACCAUUACAAAUACCCGAGCUCUUUGUGUGUCAUUUGGAACAAUCAUUUUGCUUUUUUCCUAUUUCAGUAUGUCGAAAAGUUCGACAUGGUUGACAUCGGAAGUUUCGGUUUCGAUGAUGUGCUGCAGGACCUUGUCGGGGAUUGGAGAAUUUUUGUCGACUUUAGAUUGGGUUCGGUACCGCACAAGCUGCAAAUUUCCUGUAUGAUGUAUGAAAUUUCCAUACUAGAACACUGACAAACACACAUGAAAAGAAAGAAUCUCACCAAAAAGGUGCUUAAUUUAUCUGUAAAAGUUGGCAGCAAUAAGAGUGCUGGUUUGAAAUUCCCAAAAGAAAGGCA